GAAUUGAACUUUGAGCAUUUAGAUUGGGGGCUGCUUAAUCCUUAAUUGGAAGGAUUAAGAGGAAGAAUGAUGAGCUAGAACAGGGAUGGGCAGCUGCCAGAUGCAGAAGGUCAUUCUUUCAGUUGCACUUCCUCAACCGGAUGAGGGAGGGGAACACCAAGAACAGGCAGCCAGUCAGAAAACAGAGAAGUAUUCAGUAAGACUGAGAUCUCUGAAGCUUUGCAGAUAAUUUUUGGCACACAUUCUAGACCAAGGCAGGGAGGUGAACUUGGAAACCAGCCUCCAAAAGAUCUGCUCCCUUGUCUGAGCUGCCUGAGGUGUGGAGAAGAGAAAGGACCAUCAAUCCUUUUAGUUCUUGUGCUUAUAAGAAACAGGAGAAAUGUCUCAGCAGCUGCGAGGUGAGAGUGAUUUUGACCAGCUUCCUGAUGAUGUCGCAGUUUCUGCUAAUAUUGCAGACAUUGAAGAGAAGCGAGGCUUCUCUAGUUACUAUGUAUUUGUGAUUGAGGUGAAAACGAAAGGUGGAGGCAGGUAUAUGAUCUUCCGCCGUUACCGGCAAUUCUAUAACUUGCAUACCAAGCUAGAGGAAAGAUAUGGCACAGAAAGCAAAAACAGCCGAUUUACCUGUACACUCCCCAUCCUGCCAGGAAAAGUUUAUGUUGGUGCAAAGAGGGAGAUUGCAGACAGCCGAAUCCCUGUACUCAAUGCGUACAUGAAGAAAUUGCUUAGCUUGCCAGCCUGGGUGCUGCUAGAUGACAAUGUCCGGUUGUUUUUCUAUCAGUUGGAAUUUGACAGUCAGCAGGUGCCUCAGGGGCUGCGGAGGCUUCGCCCGCGCACUCGCCGUGUCAAGAGCAUUUCCCCCCAGGAGCCUGGGUUUGACAGACUGGCAGCCCCACGGGCUGAGGCACUGUUUGAUUUUACUGGGUCCACUAAACUGGAACUGAGCUUCAAGAAGGGAGACUUGAUUUAUUUACUCAGCAAGAUCAACAAGGACUGGUUUGAGGGAACUGUCCGAGAUGCCACGGGCAUUUUCCCAUGUGCCUUUGUGAAUAUAAUUAAAGAACUCCCACAGGAAGAGGACACCAUCAACUGGCUGCGCUGCUAUUACCAUGAUGAUAAUGUCAGCACCAUCAGGGAUAUAUCAGUGGAAGAGGACCUGAGCAGCACCCCAUUAUUCCAAGACCUAAUGGAAUUAAUAAGGCGAGCGUUUGGGCACAACGAUUUUGCCUUGAAUUACCGUGAUGCUGAGGGUGAUCUGAUCCGCCUGCUCUCUGAUGAAGAUGUUGUACUCAUGGUGAUGCAGGGGAGGAGUUGGCCUUAUGAGAAACAUAUCUUCCCAUGGAAACUACAUGUUACCCAGAAAGAUGAUUACAGUGUUUACAACUCAACAGGAUCUGGUAUUACAACAUAAGCAAUGACGUGCCCAUGAUCUUCAAUGGCCAUGUUGUUUCAACAGCAUAAAACUGGGAACAAUGUGGAACUGUCCUGCUGUAACAGGACUUUUCUCCAUACUUUUCUACACUGUUUCUUAGAUAAAAACAUGGAUUGGGUAGGGUUGGCUAGAUUUUUCCUAGCUACAACAUUUUGGGGUGUCUUGAACUAGUACACCCAUUGAAAUUAAUAAACCUAAGCUAGUACUGUCUAUUAGCAUCAACGAGUCUACUCUGUGUAGGACUAGCAGUGACCACUACCCAUAGAUUCUAUUACCAGGUUGGACUGCAUCCACCUAACUUUUAGUAGGCUAUUUGGCUACUAAGUUAUUGAUUUGAUUGAUGUGCAUAAUUUUAUUUUAAUUUUUAUUGUUAUGUUAAUGUAAAUUAUAUUAUGAAAUUAUAUUGCAGUAAAAAGAUUUUACAAGAA